GGUGUAAAAACCCUGUCUGUGUGGGCUCUUAUAUAAAGGGCCUUCCCGGCCUCUCACGGUGGAUGAGACCACGGGAAGUGUGCAAGCUUCCUCUCCCAUCUGGGGUUGCGCUGGACCUGCAAGCUCAGAACAAGGUUCCCACCAAGCUGAAGGCAUGAGGACCCACGGCCUCACCCUGCUCUCCCUCCUCCUUCUGGCUGUUCUGAUGCUCUUGGUGGAGGCCAAAAAGGAAGGAAGGAAGAGACACGGCAGCAAAGCCAGCACAGAGGAAUCGCAUGCUCUGGGCAAGCCCGGGAAGGAGCCGAGGAGCCAGCCAGCCAAGCACCUGAUCAAAGGCAAGUUCGUCACCCCAGACCACGCUGACUGCAGAUGGGCAGUGACCAAGCAGGAGGAGGGCCUCGUGCUGAAGGUCGAGUGUACCCAACAAGACAACACGUUUUCCUGUUUCUUCACUGGCAAUCCAACCUCAUGCCUAGAGUUGCACAAAAGCAGCGUCUAUUGGAAACAAAUUGGCCGGAAUCUGCGUUCUCAGAAGGUCAUCUGUGGUGAUGCCAAGAGUGUCCUGAAGACCAGGGUGUGCAGAAAGAAGUUUCCAGAAUCGAAUCUCAAGCUGGUGAACUCUACUCUGAUUAGGAUCAAGAAACCCAGCCAGAAGUUAAUGGAGCCCUCUCCCAUGGACACGGUUGAAGUGACUACCUCCUCCAACCCAGAAAAGACCCAGACCAUGACCACCAAAGGUCCUCAGUGUGAGGAUGAAGACUUGGAAAACCAAAGGAAGGCAGCCCAGGAGUACUGCGGGGAGGUCUGGGGCUCUUUGUGCAGAUUCUUCCUCUCCAUGGUACAGGGCAGUUCAUGCUAACAAGGUCGAAAGAGAACAGAGUCCUUUAGGAGGUGUCACGUCAAAGCCUUUUCAUAUGCUGUAAAGAUCUCCUAACUCCCUGUCAGAUGAACGUUUGUGCUAUGGGUAUGCAAUGGACUAUUUGAACAGAUUUUGCAAUUUUUGUCUCUGUGUUUGGAAUUUGUUUUGUAUUCAUUUCCUUAGAUGUGAUUUUAAGAGGCUAUUGUCCUGUAUUUUUCCACGGCCCACAAAGCUUUGUUUCUAUGAGCAGUAAGGACCAGUCUUUGAACUGAAGAGUCAGAGUGGUGAUUUCAGGGCAGUGCACUUUCUGCCCAGUUAAGAUAAUAAAGCCCUGUGCCUUUUUCAGAAA